CGUGUUGUUUUUUUUGUCUUUCCCGGGUCCUGCACACACGUACGUAUAUGCAUUACGAUUACUCCGUACAUACGUACACCGCUUCCCUGCACUGUCCCGGUUGGCUUGUUGGGGUUUCUUCUUGUCCUUGUUUCACGCGGUUAGCUUUAGCACGCUGAAAUACAUGAAUUAAUACUGACUGGAGGUAACGCACACUCACUCACUCACUCACUCACAUACAACGUACACGAUAUGGCAUGGCCCCUCCCCUCGGGUUGCCCGCCACACAUGAUCAUGGGGACGAAGACGGAGACGAUGACGACGACGACGACGACGACCAGAGGAUAGAGCGUUCUGCAGUCAUGCGCAGCGACAUGCCGGGCGGGCGCGGCGGCGCCAAGACGGCAGAGGACAAGACGGCCUUUGUCAAGGACGCCGGUGCCGAGCUCGGGGUCCGAGUGGUGGCGGUGGCCGACGGAGAAGGGGAGGAAGAAGAAGGAGAUGCUGCUGCUGCUGCUGCUGAUGCUGUCGCAGCGCCCGCGAGCGUGUCCGAGGAGACGAAUCGGCGCAUUCGUCGAAAGCUCGACAGACACGUCCUCCCGCUCCUCUGCUGCCUCUACGUCCUGUCCUACCUCGACCGCGGCAACAUCGGCAACGCAAAGACGGCGGGCGCCCAGCACGACUUGGGGCUCGACUCGGGCCAGUGGGGGUGGGUGCUCAACAGCUUCUACAUCUGCUACGUCGCCUUUGAGUGGACCACCAUGUUCUGGAGGUUCUUCCCGGCGCACGUCUUCGUGUCCUUGCUCUGCCUGUGCUGGGGCGCCGCCGCCAUGAGCUCCGGCGCCGCGCGCAACUUGGCCCAUCUCGUCGUCGCGAGGAGCUUCCUCGGCGUCUUCGAGGCCACCUUUGGCGCCGGGGCGCCCUACUUCCUCUCCAUGCUGUACCGGCGCAACGAGUUGGGCCUUCGCAUGUCCCUCCUUGUCGGCAUGUCGCCCCUGGCCAACGCCUUUGCGUCGAGUCUGGCCUACGGCAUCACGCAGAUCCGUGGCUCACUCGCACCCUGGCGCCUGUUGUUGAUCAUAGAGGGCUCCCUGACGGUUGUCUUCGCUCCCGUCGUCUACUUUUUUCUCAUAGACUCGCCGUCCACGGCUCCCUUCCUGUCCGAGCAAGACAAGGUGCUCGCCGUGCAGAGGCUGCAGCUCAAGGACUCGACGGCCGAGCGCGGCGUCGAGUGGAAGCAGGUGGCGGCGGGCUUCGCCGAUUACAAGAACUACGUCCACGCACUCAUCCACUUUUGCGCCAACUACUCCUUCUCAGCCCUUUCCAACUUCCUGCCCAGCAUAGUCAAGGACUUGGGCUACACCGCCGUCCAGGCACAGGGGCUGACGACCCCGGCGUAUUUUGCGGCGUUCCUCGUUUGCGUGGCGGCCUCGUACGCGUCGGACCGCUUCGGGCGGCGAGGCCUCAUCGUUGCAGCAACGUCUGCGCUGGGCGUCGUCGGCUACGGGCUGCUGGCCGCAGUGCAGGACGAGGGCCGGGCCGGCACGCGGUACGCGGGGGUUUGGCUGGCGGCCUGCGGCAUGUUUCCGGCGCUGUGCAUCAACGUCACAUGGGUGCUCAACAACCAGGGCGGCGACUCCAAGAAGGGGGCCGGCCUCGCCAUAUUCCUCACUAUUGGCCAGCUGUCGUCGUUUAUCAGCAGCGUCGUAUUUCCCCAGAGUGAUGCGCCAUUUUACACGAGAGGCUGCGCAAUCGGCUGUGGGCUAACAGGCGUCAUCUUCGUCUGCUCACUGGGCAUGUCCCUUGCGCUAAGUAGGGAGAACCGACGCAGAGACCUGUUGUAUGGCCCCGCGGACCCGAACGCAGAGGUUGACGUGACGGACGAGGGAGACGGCCAUCGCAACUUCCGGUACCUAACGUGAGGCCGGCGCCAGAUGGAGACGUCGCUUGUAUAUAUUGUCACACGGGAAUGGUAAAGGUUGGCUAGAAGCGAAAGCAGUCCGAGGUCAGACGUACAGUAUACUGUUGGGUUGACGUGGCCCAACAAUGAUACGGUGGCGUCGUGAUACAGUUCUGAAGUGAGACCGCCGCACUUGCGCGCGCAGAUGGUCGAACGACGCCGCCUCAACGAUGGUGACGUCUCGAUUCAACAGCUGUCGUGGUCGGACCAUGGCAGCAGCCCUCAAAGACCUGACCAAAGAGGGUUCCACUCGACGGCGCGUGGGCAGGUGUAUGUACUGAGAUAGUACGUAGGGCUUGCAAACUACCCAACUUAAUAGUCAGGAGGCGGUGAUGAUAAACGAGUCGGGGG